GAUGUUGAAUUUGCAUAGCUAGUCAUCUGUGAAUGUAGUCAUUAAUGUCAAAAGGGGAACAAAAGAAAAUUUUUGUUGCGAAUUAUAUCAAGUUUUUAAUAAUUGUUAUAAUAUUUCUCUUCAAUAAAAUCGCAUAGAAACUCCGAUAACACAAGCUGGAAAGUAUUUAACACACUACGAACGCGUUGAAAAUGAUACCCGUUGCAGAGGAGGCCCAGAUUUCAAAGUUAUUAUCCAGGUAUAAAAACAUAAGCGCCACCAAAAAAGAUGUGAUUGAUGUAAUUUCCAAUUAUCGGUCCUUAACAUACAAUUUUCAGAAAUUCGUUUUUAAUGAUGGCAGUUCUAAGGAGCUCUUCAAUUUGGCUGGAACCAUACCCGUUGUAUACAAACAAAACACUUACUACAUUCCCAUAAUCAUAUGGUUAAUGGACACUCAUCCUCAAAAUGCACCAAUGUGCUUUGUAAGGCCAACACCAACAAUGCAGAUUAAAGUGUCAAUGUACGUGGAUCACAAUGGAAAAAUAUACUUGCCAUAUUUACAUGACUGGCAACCGCACACAUCGGAUUUACUCUCUCUUAUACAAGUGAUGAUACUAACGUUUGGUGAUCAUCCACCAGUAUUUUCCUUACCAAAAAAUAAAUCAGCCCAACCAGCAUUUGCUUCUCCUGGUGGCCUUGGUUAUCCCCCUUAUCCCACUGCCAAUCCUGGCGGCAGUGGCACUUUCCCACCUUAUCCACCAGCAGGUAAUUUCGGACCAUAUCCUCCAUAUCCUACUGGAGGUAAUCCAUUUGCGGGCAAUGCAAGUGCUGGCGGCUAUCCACCGUAUAUGAACUUUCCACAAGUUCCUGGUUACAAUUCUGGUUACAAUUCUACAACACCCAGUUCCACCGGUACCAUAACUGAGGAGCAUAUCAAAGCCUCGCUUAUUAGCGCAGUGGAAGACAAAUUACGACGCCGCUUACAAGAGAAAGUAAAUCAGUAUCAAGCCGAAAUUGAAACGCUUAACCGUACCAAGCAGGAAUUGGUAGAGGGCAGCUCGAAAAUUGAUAAUGUUAUUGCACGCCUUAAUAGAGAGGAAGUGGAGUUGCAAAAAAAUAUUAACGUUUUGCGUGAUAAGGAGCAAGAGCUUGAGAAAAGUUUAGGCGCGUUAGAGAAGUCCGAUGGUAUUGACCCAGAUGAAGCUGUUACCACAACAGCGCCACUGUACAGACAACUACUUAAUGCGUAUGCUGAAGAAGCGGCGCUUGAGGAUGCUAUUUACUAUUUGGGUGAGGCCUUACGAAGUGGUGUCAUUGACUUGGAAACUUUCUUGAAGCAUGUACGGCAAUUGUCUCGCAAACAAUUUAUGCUACGCGCUAUUAUGCAGAAAUGCAGGCAAAAAGCUGGUCUAGCUGGAUAAACGAAACAAAUUCACAAAGAACGAAUUCAAACGAGCGAUACUAAAAUUGUUGAAACCAUGAAAUGUGGAAUCGCUUAAAAAUGAGAAUUAAAUAUUUGUAUUGGACAACCUAAUCAAUUAUUAUUAUUCAGAUUCAAACGAAAGUUAUUAUAUGUAAAAGUUAUUCGAUAAAAAAAGAAUGAAUGUACAAGUAUGUUAACAGCUUGGUUAGCAGCAAAUAGUGAAGUUAAUGUUGCUAAUGCGGAUAUUUUUAAAGUUUUUGCACACAUAUUUAAUGUUUAAUUUUAUUUACUAAGAUUUCCGAACAAAAUAUGAAAUAAGAAUGGUACAUAGUAAAACUCCGUUCGCAUGAAAAUAA